AUGUCGUCCUCCGGAGCUCCCCCCGCCGGAGAUCUCCCCCUCGGCCCAGUCCGAAGGCACAUCACCACCCACGAUGCCAACGGCCGCGCUGUCUACUCGGACGCCUUCCCCGUUGAGGUGACGCCCGACCCGCUGCCCAACAUGUUCUUUCACACCUGCUUCACUACCUCGGAGUCGCCCGUCACCAUGGACGACGAAAAGGACCUGGCCGCCUACGCCCCGCACCACCCCCGUAUGCCGACCCUGCACCUGCCCUCGGGCUCCGUCCUGCGCGUCGUCGACUUCGGCCCCGGCACCGGCCCCAUGAUGCACCGCACCGAGUCCUGCGACUACGGCAUCGUGCUGAAGGGCGAGGUCGAGUGCCACCUCGACGACGGCGCCGUGCGCACCCUCGGCGAGGGCGAGAUCAUGAUCCAGCGCGGCACCAUGCACGGCUGGAAGAACGCCACGGACAGCUGGGCCCGCGUCGUCUUCUGCCUGCAGCCCGCCGAGCCUGUGAGGGUCGCUGGCCAGGUCAUGGAGGACGACAUCCCCUUCAUGAAGGUCUCGGCGGAUAGGCAGGCCGACUUUGAAAAGUUCAAGGCCGAGGAGGCCAAGAAGAAGGCCGAGGGCAAGUAA